ACCCAGGAGACAUAGAGUAAGACCUGUUUGAGCUAGAGAAGCUUGCUAGGAGGGGGAGGUGUGGAAGAGGUGGCCUGGGGACACCGAAGUGAGUUAGGAGCUAAAAAGAAAGUUACUGAGAGCCCUUGAGGCUGGCAGAAGGCUAUUAAACUGAGGAGAGGGGCUGAAGGCUGUCCUCUGAUGGGGGAGAGGGGCUGUGACUGGUCUCCCCACAGGGAGAGGCCAGUCUGCACAGCCAGAGGUUUACUUGGGUGUCAUGAAUGUGCCUGCACCCCACCUGACCCCCCACCCCCCGCGAGAAGGGCAAUAGAAGGAAAAGGUGGGUGGGCACAGGGAGACAGGCGCCAGGGAGGCUUAAGGGGAGGGAGAUUAACCUGCCCCGCCCCCGCCUCAGCUGAUAAAGUCCCUGGCCAGGCCACGACCUUCCAUCUCUGCUGCCCUGCCACGGAUCCAGAGUGUCCCUCCGGCCCCACCAUGAGGCUCAUCCUGUCGCUGUCAGUCCUGCUGGUGGUUCUUUCAGUGGUUUUGGAAGGUCCAACCCCAGCGCAGGCAGACCCAGAUAUCUCGGGUACCUUGGAGAGCAUCCCGGGCAAGCUGAAGGAGAUUGGAAAGAACCUGGGGCAGAAGGCCCGGACAACCUUGCACCGCAUCAAAGAGAGUGAAUUUCCAUCAAAGGCCCGGAACUGGUUUUCAGGAGUCUUCCACAAAAUAAAGGAACGUGUAAAAACUACCUUCUCCUGAACCCAGGAAGGCUACCCAGCUGCUCUGUAGCUGUGCCCCAGGAAGGGGCUCUGAGGAUUUCCUCCAUAAUGCCCUUGCCAUCUCCCCCACCCCCACACACAAACCAAUAAAAAUCCUGUGGAGAA